CUUCCAAGGCGACAGCAACAUCUACUUGGUGGCAACUUUUGGCCUCAUUUAUGAGUGGGGCCAUGGAAAGAAUUGAUGUGCCCCCUGCGGGCCCCAUGGAUCUGCCGCUGUCCCUGUUGGAAAUGGGAUGUUCAGGCAGGUUUGAGCUCAUCACACACCCAAUGCCUGGCCAGCCUUUACCCCCACAGAGCACGCUCCCUCAUGGGCUUCCUCCCACCAGCCUGAACCUGGAGACAGAAGUAGAGAAACAGUUUUUACGGGACCCUGCAUGGCUUCCUAUACACGACACAGACUUUGCCUUCCAGAAGUUUCUCAAGGUGAGUCAGAGAAACGUUAGCGUCGACUCUCUGCUGAAUUGCGCUCCGUCUCCGCUUCACUCUGGGCUUUCUGUCGUCAGAGAUCCAACCACAGGGAUGCUACUGGACUUCACAGAGGUGUUACUGGAGAACACUGGCCUGUCAGCAAAGAACUCGCUGUCGUUACAACGGCAGCCUGGACCUCCUUCAGAGAGCAUUCGAGGGAGCAACACCAACUACCCCUUCCGUCCUGGAGGAAUGGAGGAACUCACUCUGGACCAAAUCAAAAAGAAAUCUGAACUGGAGGAGGAAAUAGACUUUGAAAAUGAUUUACUGAGAGUCCCUCCUGGACUUAAAGCUGGGAUGGACUUCACUGACAAAGAUGCCAAAGUAGCAAAGGCAGAGGUCAAUCUUAUGUCGCUCCUGUCUUCGAUGGACAAGACUGAUUUGCAGCCUGAGGAGGAGGAGAAGGAGGAAAGCAAAGAAAAGAAAGAGGCACCCAAACUACCCAGAACAAACAGUCUGGAAGACCUGGGCAUCAAGGAUGCUGUAUCAUCCUCGUCUCCUGCAGAGAAAGGAAAAGACGAGAAAUCGAAGCCAAAAGAGAACCCAGAGGAAAACAAGAAGUGGGCCAUUCCUGUGAACAUAACUUCACCCUGUGAGGAUUUCUAUAAGCGUAUCCCCAACCCAGCGUUCAAGUGGCCGUUUGAGCUGGAUGUUUUCCAGAAACAGGCUGUGCUGAGGCUGGAGGCUCAUGACUCUGUGUUUGUAGCCGCACACACAUCAGCAGGCAAAACAGUGGUGGCCGAGUAUGCCAUCGCUCUCUCGCAGAAACAUAUGACAAGAACCAUCUACACUUCUCCUAUCAAGGCUUUGUCCAAUCAGAAGUUCAGAGACUUUAAAAACACAUUCGGGGACGUUGGACUCCUGACAGGCGACGUCCAGCUCAGUCCUGAAUCUUCUUGUCUCAUCAUGACCACAGAGAUCCUCAGGUCGAUGCUUUACAACGGCUCAGAGGUCAUCAGAGACUUGGAGUGGGUGAUCUUCGACGAGGUUCACUACAUCAACGACGCUGAGAGAGGGGUCGUGUGGGAGGAGGUUCUCAUUAUGCUUCCCGAUCACGUCAGUAUCAUCCUCCUUAGCGCCACGGUGCCAAACGCUCUGGAGUUUAGCGAGUGGAUCGGUCGUAUUAAGAAGAGGCAUAUUUACGUGAUCAGCACAAUGAAGAGACCUGUGCCUUUGGAGCAUCAUCUGUACACUGGAAACAGCACCAAGACUCAAAAGGAGAUGUUCCUGCUGGUGGACGCUGCAGGAAACUUCCUCACUAAAGGGUACUACGCAGCCGUCGAUGCCAAGAAGGAGCGCACCAGCAAACAUGCCCAAUCAUUUGGCACGAAAAACACCUCUCAAAACACCUCUUCCAGUCAGGACCGAGCAGUGUGGCUCACCCUCCUGCACUUCCUGUCCCAGCGGCAGCAGACCCCGGUGGUGGCCUUCACCUUCUCUCGGACGCGCUGUGACGAGAACGCCCGCUCGCUGGACUCCAUGGACAUGACGACCUCCAUAGAGAAGGCCGAGAUCCACUCAUUCUUCCAGAAGAGCCUCAGUCGGCUUCGAGGGGGAGACCGGCAGCUGCCACAGAUCUUGGUCAUGAGAGACUUGUUGAAAAGAGGAAUCGCCGUCCAUCAUAGCGGGAUCCUGCCGAUCCUGAAGGAGGUCAUCGAGAUGCUUUUCUCACGAGGUCUUGUAAAGGUGCUGUUUGCCACCGAGACGUUUGCAAUGGGAGUGAACAUGCCCGCCAGGACCGUGGUGUUCGACAGCAUCAGGAAACACGACGGGACUGGCUUUAGAAAUCUGCUGCCAGGGGAAUAUAUUCAGAUGGCGGGCAGAGCGGGCAGGAGAGGCCUGGAUGCCACCGGCACGGUCAUCAUCCUGUGCAAGGCCGGUGUUCACGAGAUGGCAGAUCUGCACGUCAUGAUGCUGGGCAAACCCACCAUCCUCCACUCCCAGUUCAGACUCACCUACACUAUGAUCCUCAACCUGCUGCGAGUCGAAGCUCUCCGAGUGACCGACAUGAUGAGGAGGAGCUUUUCUGAAAGCCACAGAGACACUCAGGCACAUGAGAAGAAAAUCAGCCAGCUGAAGCAGACGUUGUCGUCUCUGCCUCCUCUGGACACAGAUGGCCAGCUGUCCGACAUGCUGCCGUACUACCACACCAUUACCGAGCUGCGAACUACCACAGAGGCCCUGCAGCGCGCCAUUCUGGAGUCUGUGAAUGGACUGAAAGCUCUGUCUGUGGGUCGAGUCAUCGUGAUUAACAACAAACAGCAUCUCAACGCUUUAGGAGUUAUCCUGCAGGUGUCCAACGACUCUCUGAACCGCACCUUCACAGCUCUUAUUAUCUGCGAGAAGGGCAAUGAGGAAAAAGACGGACAAGGCAAUGACAUCGCCACUUUUCCUCACCUCUACAACACGGCUCUGUUCAUACCUGAGGGCCCUUGCAGCCACACCGUGCAGAAGUUGAAGCUUCAGGAAGUCACAGCCAUCACAGUGAAAACCCUCAAAGUGAUUCCAGACAGGAUCAUCGAUAACUACAACAAGAGGCAACAGCCACGAUUCAAGCAUGACCCUCCCGGCCAAGCCAUCUCCACGGCGACACAAGAGCUCCUGCGAUUGGCCGAAGCCAACCCUGGCGGCAUGGCAACCCUCGAUCCCGUGAACGACCUCCAGCUGAAGAGUGUCGAUGUGGUGGAGGGCUCCAUGAGGUGCCGCGUGCUGCAGGACAGCCUCAGGGAGUUCAGCUGCAUCCACUCGCCCACCUUCGCAGAGCAGUUUGCCCGGGUUCAGGAGAGGAUGAGUGUUCAGGAGGAGCUGGACCGGCUGCUGUUCCUGGUGUCGGAUCAGUCGCUGACUCUGCUGCCUGAAUACCACCAAAGGAUCAAGGUCCUUCAGUCUCUGCAGUACAUCGACAGCAGUGGAGCCGUGCAGCUCAAAGGCCGAGUAGCUUGUCAGAUCAGCAGCCACGAGCUGCUGCUUACCGAGCUGCUGUUCGAGAACGUCCUGAGUCCACUGGCACCGGAGGAGAGUGCCGCCCUGCUGUCCUGUUUGGUCUUUACUCAGAACACACAAGUGGAGCCGCACAUCACUAACACGCUGCAGGAGGGCAUUGAUAAGGUAUUGUCAGUCGCCAAGCGAAUCGGGGAGCUGCAGCGGGAGUGUGAAAUACCUCAGACCGCUGAGGAGUUUGUGGGCCAGUUCAAGUUUGGUCUGACGGAGGUGGUGUACUGCUGGGCCAGAGGCAUGCCCUUCGCAGAGAUCGCCCAGCUGACUGACGUCCAGGAGGGGACGGUGGUCCGCUGCAUCCAGCGCCUGGACGAGGUGCUGAAGGAGGUGCGUCAGGCCGCCCGCAUCGUGGGAGACUCCGUCCUGGGCAGCAAGAUGGAGAAGGCGUCCCUGUCCAUCCGCAGGGACAUCGUCUUCACCGCCUCCCUCUACACCCACUGAAGUGUUUCUUUGUGUGCAAAGUGUGAGACAAAUGGAGGAGCAUCUGGGGAAGGUUGGAGGUGUGAUGUUUACAUGAAGAAGGGACUGAUUUUAACCAACAGACCAAAUGAACAUGGAAAAUGUGGAUUGUAAUUUAUUGUACAGUAAUAAAAUCUGUAUUCAGAAA